CAAUUUUUGAGUACGUGCUCUCUCAAAACACGAGCAAAAAACCCAUAAAAACAAAAACAGAGAAAACAGAGGAAAAACAGAGUGUUCCACACCACAAAAGCACAUUCCCAAAAACCACAACAUCCAUCCUCUGUUUCCUCUGCUUCCCAAAAAAAAAAAAAAAAUGGAUUCCACUGUUUUCUACUCUCCAACUUCCGAUUUAUCGCCGGAAUCGUCGUUGGGAUCUCAGGAAUCAUUUUCUUGGGAUUCAUUCAAUUCCAACAGCAUUAAUUAUCUCCCUUUCAAUGAGAAUGACUCAGAGGAAAUGCUCCUCUAUGGUCUGCUUUCCAACACCAAGCAUCAAGAAAUGGUUUCCGACAAUCAUCCAAUCAAAGAAGAAGAGGUAAGUUCGACGUCGGAAGAGGAGAAUCCGAUGACUAAGAAGGAGAAGUCAUAUAGAGGCGUUCGGAGGCGGCCGUGGGGAAAAUUCGCGGCGGAGAUAAGGGAUUCAACGAGGCACGGAAUAAGGGUAUGGCUAGGCACAUUUGACAGUGCCGAGGCCGCGGCUUUAGCAUAUGAUCAAGCCGCUUUCUCCAUGAGAGGCUCUGCUGCUAUCCUGAAUUUCCCCGUCGAAAGAGUUCGAGAAUCGCUUCGUGACAUUGAUUACGGUCCUGAAGAAGGUUGUUCCCCUGUUGUUGCUCUGAAAAGAAAGCACUCCAUGAGAAGGAAAAUUGUGAACAAGAACAAGCACAAGGAAAGAGAUUUGAGGAUAGAAAACACGGUGGUUUUUGAAGAUUUAGGAGCUGAUUAUUUAGAAGAAUUGUUAAACUCAUCGGAGAGUAGUGCUAGACCUUGGUAAUUUAAAAUCCCACUUAAAAGGCUCUCUCUCUCUCUCUCUCUCUCUCUAACUCUCCAGAUUAAAUCAGAUUUUGGUUCUUUCCUUUUUUUUGUUCAUCUUCUUUUUCUUUUUUUCUUUUUUUUCCUGUUCUGUUUCUUUUAUUUUAUUUUUUUCAUUUUCUUUCUCUUCUAAGAUUCUGUAUAAUCUUUAUUUUUAUUUUUGUUUUUUUGUUUCUGUAAAGAAUUAAGAAGAUAAGAGAAUUAUGUCAAUUGCAGAUCACCCCCCGGUGGGGAUCCAUUUUUAAGUAGUUAAUUAUUAAGACAGCUGUUGCUCUGGCUCUAGAUUUUUCAAGUCAAAACAACUUUUUUUUCCCCCCUCUGAGUCAUGCACACAUACAAAGAGAAAAAAAAGAAAAUUAAUAAAUAAAUAAAGUAGGGUCUCUCUCUUUCACAA